AUGGCGCUCACUUUCCUGUUUAUCAGCUCCGUAGCAGAGAGCCGGCUGUUAACUAUGAAGGUGAAAAUGACUGAUAAUUUAGUGUUUUAUUCCGAAACGAAGUCCAUCAUGGAGACGGUCAUUAAAACUGCUGUCGGUGUCGGAAAUUUUAAAGAAGAAAAAUCCAGAAUGUUGCCAAACAUGACACGUGAGGCAGAUUUUGACAGCAUUGUGGUUGCGUUGGCACAAGAGGCAACGAGAAAGAUCAGCGCUGUUUUCCUCCAGCUGUCAUCAAUGCUGCACAAUGAAAACAAGACUCUUCAGGCCAAAGUGGGGCAGCUGGAGAUCGAGCUGAGGACUACGACUGAAAAUUAUGAAAAUGCGCGAUUGUGGAGAGAAAACGUCCUGAACGGCUGCCCUGUCCUGUUUGAGCAGACCGGGUUGAUCUACACCUUGAAGCCUUUCGGGAAGUUAAAAAGAAAGACAGAUACAGUGACAGAGGGAGUCACAGGAUCAUCACCUGCUGCUGUGACGGAGAGUGAACAUGAUGCUGAUGUUGGAGAGGCAACAAAGGAGGUGAAUUCUGAAGCAGAGUCGUCCUCGCCCGCCAGUAGACAAGAGGACUGUACCACAACAAACACAGCAGAAUCCAAAAACGCUGACUGCCAAAACACACAGGACACAGAAGUCAGAAAGAAGGGGAGGGUCUUUACAUGCGAUGUCUGUAACAAGAGCUUCAACCGGCAGUUUCAUCUGAUGAAGCACAUGAACACUCACAAAGAACAGAGGCCUUUCGCAUGCGACCAAUGCCCGAGAAAAUUCAGGAAUACAGCGACUUUUGAGUACCACUUGCUGCGGCAUGAGGAGAGGAAGUAUGAUACCUUCAAGUGCCAGCUCUGCGAGAAGACGUUCAAAACAAAAAUGCACCUGAAGACUCACCUGCUCGUGCACACAGACACGAGGCCAUUUAACUGCACCACCUGUGGGAAGGCCUUCAAAACCAAACACAACCUGCAGGCUCAUCAGGUCGUACACACUGUUGAAAAGCCGCACAAAUGCUCUGAGUGCGGGGAGAGUUUCAGGUACGCAUUCACACUGCAGUGUCAUAAAAGCAUUCACACUGGCGAGCACCCGUACAAAUGCACGGUGUGUGGCAAAGCUUUUAUAAAGAGGAGGUCGCUCAGGACGCACCAGUCAGUCCACAGAGGGAAAAUGUUUACAUGUGAGACAUGUGGGGCUGGCUUCACCCUGCAACACAAUCUGAAGAGACACAUUCGUAUCCACACAGGUGAAAAACCGUUCAAAUGUAAAGUUUGUGGGGAAAGUUUCAUUCAGGACACCAAGCUGAAAGCCCACAUGCUCAUUCACGGUGCCUCCAAGUCGUUCAUGUGUGACUUGUGUGGAAAGACUUUUCUCUACAACUGCCAGCUGCAAAAACACCAGAAAGUCACACAUGAUGAAAGACACGGACAGGUCAUCAGAAGACGAACUCGAGAGCGAGGCAACCGCAGAGUCAUCUAUCGACGGGACAGAACGACGGUCGACGUGACGCCGUUCAGCUGCAAGACCUGCCGCAAGGGCUUUGACACCGCAAGUUCACUGAGAAGACACGAGCUCAUCCACACAGGUCAGAUGCAAUACCACUGCGACACAUGUGGGAAGUCCUUUUUCUACAAGGCGACGUACGACUACCAUCAGAGGAUCCACUCGGGAGAACGUCCAUUUGGUUGUGACAUGUGUGGGAAGAGGUUCAUCAUCCAUCAGGCUCUCAAGACGCACAAACUGCAGCACUCUGGAGAGAAGCCACAUACAUGCGAGCAGUGCGGCAAGGCCUUCAGGAACUACACAAACUACCUCAGACACUUACGGGUCCACACAGGGGAGAAGCCCUACGAGUGUGAAGUUUGUGGAGUGAGGUUCAGGCAGCUCGGACACGUCAAGUUUCACAUGCAGGUUCACACAGGAGAGAGGCCGUACUCUUGCAGCAGCUGUGGACUCGGAUUUUCAGACUCGAGGCUGCUCAAGAGACACAACUGUGCAGAGAAAUACCAGAAAAUGUCUGGGAACACACUCGCUAUUAAACUUGUCAGAAUGUCGGAUUUGGAGGCGCGGGUAGGGUCCGUCUUGGACAGAAUGGUGAAUGCGACGGUGACAGAAAUUACCAAAGUUAUCGGCGGCUCCGCUUCAAAAUAUCCAGAAGUCUCGACAUGUACAGCCGAAAACACACACGGGUCCUCGGAGGAGAAGGUGAUCAAGUUUAGCGUCUUCAUGACGUCUCUGGCUCGAGAAGCUGUGGAGAAAAUCUGCCAGCUUUUCCACGACUGUUCCACUCUGCUGCAGUUAGAGGUGACACGAGGCGUUGCAGAGAUGGAAGACCUGAGGAGGAGACUGGAGGUGGCAGAGACAGAGCUGAAGCUGGUGCUGGAGGGCAGCAAAGGCCAGAAGGACGUGGAUGAGGUGGAGGAGCUGCCAGAGGAGAGCAGCAGGGCUCCGAUCAACGGAGCAGAAGGAGAGACUGUCCAGAGCCAACGCUCAGGAAGGAAGAGUCGCAGAGUUGUGGCAUGUGGUGAUGCUGGAGUAAAGAGAUCGCCUAUAAUCCACCUGUGGAAAGGAAGAACUUAUGAGGACAGUGUUCAACCUGUGAUCAUAAAGGAAGAGGGAUUGGAGGCGACUGCGGACCAGGCGUCCUCUGAUUCCGGUCAGUACAGAGAUGACGCAGGGCAGGACGAUGAUGAUGACCCAGACUACCAGCUGGAGCCAGAAAAUCCAAAUGAUCCAAGUGAUCCAGCAUUCACCACGAGACCUAAACGUAUCCUAAAGCCCAAGUCCCAUCGUGGUCGAGCAAAGAAGGAGAGUCAGAACCAGCAGCCUCUGAGCUGCAAACACUGCAGGAAAACCUUCACCAAGCUGCUGCAGCUCAAAGCCCACCAGGCCGUCCACGAGGCGAACGCAGAGAAGCCCUUCCUGUGUUCUCAGUGUGGCAGAGGCUUCUCCUUCCAGCGAAGCCUCAAUGCACACAUGCUGCUUCAUACAGGUGAGAGACCACACACCUGUGAUGUUUGUGGGAAGGGUUUCACCCUGAAGCAGCUGCUGAGGAACCACCAGCGUCUCCACGCUGAGGUCCGGCCGUUUCGCUGUGAACAGUGUGGAAAGAGCUUCUACCGAGCCCAUGGCCUGAAAAUGCAUCAGAUGGUCCACACAGGAGAGCGCGCCUAUAAUUGUCAGUACUGCAACAAAAGCUUCACAAUACAAGGUAACCUGCAGCGCCACCUGCGCAUACACACAGGGGAAAAGCCCUUCAGGUGUGAGACUUGUGGCAAAAGUUUCAACCAGGCCGACACUCUGAAAGGCCAUCAGCGGAUACACACUGGUGAGCGUCCCUUUAGCUGCGAGACUUGUGGUAAAUGUUUCAUCCAGAAGAGUGCCUUGAAGAUGCACCAAAAGACUCACUCUCACUCAGGAGAGAUGUCACUGGCAUGUGUAGCAUGCAGCACUGUAGUGGCCUGUGUCGACUCGCUCCGCAAACAUCUUCAGACGCAUGCGGCAACUAUUCCAUGUAUGUGUGUACUCUGCGGCCGGCGGUUAAGCUCUAUCACCGAUUUGCGCUCGCACCAGCAGUAUCACACAGUGGACAGGCCCCACAGCUGCACACUCUGUGGAAAGAGUUUCAAGUCUUCCAGUUACCUGAAGAUUCACCUGAAGGCGCACAGUGGGGAGAGGCCCUUCUCCUGCGAUAUCUGCGGCCGCAUGUUUACACAGCACAGCAGCCUUAAAUCACACCAGGUUGUCCACACAGGAGAGAAACCGUUCAGCUGCGACACAUGCGGGAAAUGUUUCAGCAACACAGGAAACCUGAACAGACACCAGCGUAUCCACACUGGGGAGAAACCGUUCAGCUGCGACACGUGUGGACGCAGCUUCAACCAGGGCAACAGCUUGAAAGCCCACCAGCAGAUACACACCGGAGAGAAACAGUAUAUGUGCGACAAGUGUGGGAAGAGUUUCUCCUACCUGAGAAACCUGAAGGACCACAAGUGUUUCUACGUGUGAAGCUAAACUAUAGUAGGACGUCUGCCCUGGUGACAGAGCGGAUAAGCUUUCCCCGUACCUGUUGAGAAAUGAGUGGCUGGAUCACCACUUUGAAGCUAUCCGCAGAGAACGGGGUGGCAAUUGCUGCAGUGUGGAUUUCAGAAUAGUGAACAAAUAAAUUAACAAUCUGUAGUUGAAGUUGAAACAGUUGAGACAGUUACUGAGUACACAAACACUAAGGUUUGAUAGGUGAGCAUCUUUUUGUGUUUUAAAUUUAAGAAUAGAAGACACUGACACUGUUACCCAGACAGAACAAGUACUAAAGAUCUAGUAAGAAAGGUCUGAAAACAGUCAAAGAAACAAGCACAUGUCCUCCUAAAAUUAGAAACACAGACACUGGAAAGAAAUAUGCCAUAUUUAGAUGAAGGAAUAACUGACAAUUUGCAUUUCCAAAGUUUUAUGGUAUCACUGGAGACACCUGCAAGUACAGAGAGCUUUUUAGUUCUUUAUCUGAAUAUACUUGUAUAUAUACCCAGAGUUUGCUGGUAAAUGUCAGAAAAGUCUGUGAGACAGUUUAAGAAAAUUACUGUCAGCUUCUUAACUUUUUUAACUAGUUAUACAAAAGGAAUGAGAUAAAAUCAGGCAGAAUGAUUUGAAGUUGGGUACUACGACAGAAAGAGUUAGUUAGCACCACAGAAACUCGUUAAAGAUCAGAUGUACAGACUUCUAAAAUAAUAAAGCAGCCUUAAACUGAUUAUUUUAAAUAAAAUUUUUAACUUGGUGUGGUAAAUAGAUUUACACAUCCAUAAGCUGUUCUCAUUGCUUUCAGAGUCCCAGAUUAGAGGUAUCAUAAAGAAUCUUACCAGCCACAAUUAAAUCUGAACGGCAUUUUGCUGACAGAUGUCAAAUUAUAUCAUUAAUGUAAGCUGUAAAAUCUAAGACUAUGAGUGUAACUGACUGAUUUUAUUGUAUGCAGCUUAAUUCAGGAUUUUUUACUACACUAUUUAAGUUAGAAGGCUGAUAUUUAUAAUGGUUUCAUCAAAAUGAAGAAGAUGAUCUUAAAUAGAUGAACAAAAUAUGACUGUGAGUUGCUUUGUCUGCAUUAGAAAACCCGAUGUGCUGACUGAGAACAGAAGAGAAAGUUAUUUUCUAAAAAUGUUGAAUCAGUAGCUUCUUUUGUGGGGUGAGUAUUUGUUAUAUAUCAACUUUGUGACUGUAAGUCAAACUAAUACACACUGAAGUUAAAUCAUGUGAGUUUUUUUCUUUUUAUUGGUAUGCACUGGAAGAAGCUUUAAGACCUUAAAACAUAUUUCAUUAAUACUGCUGUCAAAAUUAAAUGCAAACACAAGCAUACUCAACAAAUCACAUUAAUAUACAAAAAACCACAAAGCUGAUGCAGAUCACUAGACUAAACUCUAUGUUGUCUUAUGGUGAGGCUUUACUUUGAAGGUUAAAAUGUGCCAUAUGGCAAACCCAUUUUAUAGGGCUGACUGGUAGCAAUUUAGUUUUCACAAGUGGAAUUGUCAUCACGCAUUUUGAAAUGUUAAUUAAGUGUUAAUAAAAGACAUUUUGACUAGUCAAAACUGAUUUUUAGAUAUCUUUAAUUACAGAUUAUUGGUAAUUCCUUUUGAAAAAAGAUUGUGAUGUGGAAAUAGAAAUACAAAUUUAAUUUAUCAGCAAUUUCAUUUCUGAUUUGUCUGACAUGUCAACAAACGAUUUCGGAUGUGGGCAUCAUA